AUCAUUUGAUUUUGUUCUCGAAUUUUGUGCUUUCUCAGCUCAUUCAAACAGGGCUCUCAGGACUUUGGCUUGGCAGUCCAUUGGUGAAGACCUAGUUGGGCCGACACCCUUUCUCAAGAUUUGGGGCUGGCUUCGUGCCUUUGGAUCGUCUGACAGUAAUAAUCUAGCAGAUAAAUAGAUGGGCGGUGUGACGAAUACGUUGGGCUACAUCACUGCAGCCUUCGCGAUGGGGAUGCUCUUGAAAGGGACUGACUGGAUCAGCUGGAGGAUUGACGAGAGGAGACAGGCUAAUCAGGAGGAGGAGAAGCUUAUCGCCAUGGCUUUGAUGGAGCGCAAGCGGUUACACCAUGGGGCAGCAGGCGCAGAGGCAGAAUAACACCAGAAAGAAACCUUGAAGCAGGCGGGAAGGCACUGGGGAAUUAGGCGGAAGCACAUUAUUUCAGUAAUGGAGUCUGAGGCAUAGAUUAAGCAAGCCGCUCCAUGAAGGCAAAUCAGCUUGUAGAGAACCAAGACAGGCCUGUAGAAAUGGCAGCUGAUGAAGGAUUUUGUGAAAGUUGACUAACAUGAUCCAAUAACAGGGCAAUUACUUGAUCCACCCUUGUAAACAAACAUGCCGUUG